CUCGUUAAACAAAUAGCAUUGCCUACCUUAAGGCAUUAAAGCUACAAGUGCUUGUACAACAAAAAAAGCGGUGUGUGUUUAGGCAUUUAAGUUUUUGUACUUUCUUCUGGCCUGUUGCAUAUUUUUAUCAGCCACUUUGAAGUCCCUAAGCAGCAACAUAGGGCUCGCGGAGACCGCUCUAUUGGACAUAAUGGCUGCCAAUAUACAACAGCAGCGCUUAAUUAACGAACAAUUAAGACGCGAAGUUGAGAUAUCACGUGCCCGGGUCUCAGAGUCCUCUAUGCUGAUGAUAAAAUACAUGUCCGAGCAUGAAAACGAGGAUUGUCUAUUAACCGGUUUUACCAGUCAAAAACUAAAUCCGUUUAGGGAAAAAAGUUCCUGCAGUGUUUUGUAAAUUGUAGCAAAAAACAAAAGAAACUAUUAUCAACAGUUCCUAAACACUUCUAUUAGCGGAUUUUCAAAGCGUCCAGGCACUUUAAAUACAUGGAACUCAAUUAUUUAUUGGUAGCAUUAUAUUUAUACAUAUUUAAAAAAUAU